CCGAAAGUGGCAGCAUCUGGCUUCAGAGGAGAGCACUCCGCUUCAAUUUGCGGGUUCUCAGGCCGGAGCCAAUACAGCCAUCGAUGGCGGGUCGCUGCGCUUUUGGCUCCCGAUUCUUCCUCCCAGCCGCUCGCUUGGCUUCUCUCCUUCUCCAGCCCAAGAGUCCCCAAGACCUCACCGUUGCCCAGGGCCACCUUCCGGCAGGCUUUCCGAUAGCCGCCACUCUUCAGCAGCCGCAUUCGCCGUCUCUGAGCCAAUCGCGCAGCCAGCUUGAAUGACUUCCGAUCUAGAAGGAUUUGAGGCGUGGAUCCUGCCGCACAUCUCGAGGGUCAUCAACCUCACAUGUCGGCCAUGCCAUUCCGGCGACGAUGGCGCCGAUCAUGUCGACAAAGGUGCCGGAAUCUUUGCACCAAAAUCCAGUCUGUCGUCACUCCCUCUGGGCCCCAACAACCGUCUCGUGAACGUGCCCAGCCAGCUGUUGUUGAAUGCCUCCAAGGUCCAUAAGAUUGCCAACUUUGACUCGCCGCUUGCCGCGGCGUUUCUGCAGUGUCUCGAGUCGAUCCGGCUCGCACCCGAGGCUGGGCUUGACGAACGCAAGACGUUGAUGGUAUUUCUGCUGUGGAUCAAGUUCAAGGUGGCCAAGCACGCCGCGGGACUUGUUCCGCCCGAUCCCUCGAAUCCGUCCUUCUGGGUGCCGUACGUUCGCAUCCUCCCCGAGCGACUCUACACCCCGGUGAUGUUUGAGCAUUCGUCUCGCGAGAUGCAGUUGCUCACCGGAACUGGCCUGGACGGCGCUGUGGCUGCGAAACUUGCCAAGCUCCACCGGGAGUUCCAGGUGCUCCAGCCGCAUCUGCGAGUGCUCUUUGGCAAGUCUGCGGCGACCGAUAGCGAUCAAGACGACAGCGAUGACGAUCUGACCUUUGACGCCUACUGCUGGGCCGACGGCAUCUUCUGGUCGCGAGUGAUCUCGUUCCGAUCGUUCGAUGCUAUGGCUGGGACAGCCACCGCUCCACCAGGCACCGACGACUGCCACCUUGUCCCCUUCAUCGACCUCUGCAACCACUCGUUUGAGCCCAAGUUGCGUUGGAACAUCGAAAAAGAUCGGUCGAUCUCGCUUGUCACCUAUGAUGCCGCUGCGGACGAGGCCGGGUCGUCGGCGGUGAUUCCGAUCUACUCGGAGGAAGAGCUGCACAUCAGCUACGGACAAAAACCCAACUCGGAGCUUCUCUUUAUCCACGGCUUCGCAAUCGACGGCAAUCCUCACGACAGCGUGGCUUUCCCUGCACCCAUCCUGGAGGCAACCAGCGAGGAGCCGGGCGACGACGACCCAAGUACUGAAGCUGCCAAACACAAGCAGGCCCUCAUCGCGUUCAAGCGCCAGGCGCUGCGAGCUCUGGGACUACAGAGCAACGUAACUGUUUGUACCGCCUUUCCCAAGCAGAACAACGGCGAACUUCAUGGGGUGCUGAACGACGAGUCGCUCAUGACGCUCUGGAUCUGCCUGAUGACCGAAGACGACGGACUGCGCCUCGAGCCCAUCCGGGGCAGCGAUGCCGUUACCAUCGCGAUCGGCGCACAUCAAGUUGCGGACAAGCACCAGCUCUUGACUGCCAUCCACGCACUGCCUCACUUUGAUGUGAUCCAGCUGCGGGUGUGGACGGUGCUCCUGGAGAUGAUCUCGUUCCGGCUCUACGAACUGCACCGAUCCGAUGAGGAGCUCGGCGGCUGGAACGAGCCUGCCUCGGGCAGCGAGGCCAUGGUGGGCAUCCUCCGGCAUGGGCAUCGGCAGCUGCUCAUGGAGGCGAUGGAUCUGCUGACGGCGCUGCAGGAAGAGUACUGCGAGCGCCCCGUGGUGGUCGAGUAUCUGCAGACGUUGCAGGCCGAAGAGCCUGACGAGCCUGAUGAACUUGAACUUGGACUCGACGAACCCGAGGCGCCUGCUGCGCUCUGAGCCGCGCGGCGUGGGAAAGCGGGGCGGGAUCGGGUGUGCGACUCUGAGGGCCCUUGUUGCACUGUUUGUGAGGCCUGUGGCUCCUGUGGCACCCGGACGCGACCGAAAUAGAGCUGCACAAAAACAA